AUGGCUCAACAGCCUUUCCUUUACAACGCCGUCAGUCACAACCACGACCCGCGCUUUCCCGAACCCAAGUUCGACCCCAAGGCAGUGACACGCGCCAGCUGGGAGCCCAAACCGCGGAAGCCAAAACCCAACGGGCCGCUGGUCACUUUCAAUCGCCAUCCUGAUGCUCAUUUGGUGCUCUCACAUCGGUCCAAUAAUUAUGUGUCCCUCAGCCCGAGAACGAAAAGCUGGAUCAAGGCCAUGCGGGUCUUCCAGCUAGGUCUGAGAGUAUUGGAAUUGAUAGCUGCCGCUGGCCUCCUCGCUUUACUCAUUUUGCUGAAUAACAUUGAGACUUUGGCCGGCUGGGUGAUGCGCAUCACGCCGGGUGUCGUCAUGUUGCACUGCUUCUAUGCAAUUUACCAUUUGUCAAGGCCAGCUGGAGGUCGAAGCCCUGCUUCAUCAACCGCUUACCAGCUCUUCUCUGGCAUAUCGGACCUGGGUGUCAUACCUCUCUAUGUGUACGGGGCUUUGAAUGCCAAAGACAACAGUGCCUCCUGGACGGCACGUUGGGUUGACCAGAACCUGUUGGGCUACUUUAUUCCCGCUGUUACCUACACUUUCAUUGGCGCAGGGGGCUUGCACCUGGUAUCUCUUUUCAUCUCAGGAUGGCUAGGUUUAAUGUUUCGCAAGAUUACUCAGAUGCCCCCUGACAUGAAUCCAUUGGAAGAUCAUUUGACCUCUCGGGCUAAGCACAAGAAAAAUAAGUCUAGCGUCACGACCAGCUUCAGUGAUGAAAAUGAGAAACGGCACUCUACACCUCUGGAGGACCGUCGACGGUCUGGUGCACCCUACGAGGACGUUUCUCGACCCCCGAGCAUUCCCUUUCAACAUACUCGAGCCGGAUCUGACCUCUCAAACCUCACGCGGAACUCUUGUACUGAUUUACCCAGCCGGCAGUAUCAAGUUGCUCCUGGAAAGUCGCUGCGGAACUCGGGCGUCGCCAGUGAAUAUACACGCACCUCUGCGCCUCGCUCGUACCGUAGUUCGUACACCGAGGUUUCACUUCACGAUACAAAUACCUCAGCACCUCAAACGCCCAUCUCUUCUCAGAGUUCGCCUUUGACUCAGGCUCGCAACACGGGCAAAUUCACCGAAACUUGGUUCACUACUGACUCAUUGAUCUCUCGUACGCAGAAGCGCAAUCGCGCCAUAGACGCAGCCGCGUUGGCAGGGCAGAAGCGAGCGACCAAUAAAGCAUAUGAAGCCCUCGACCAACGAUACAACCCUGACCAUUCCGACUCAGAGCAAGACGAAAAUGAUCUAGCUGGCAGCGAUUUUGAGAACGACAUUAGCACCAACACGCACCCUAAUCCAUUAGGAUCUAAUCCUCAAUCGGCGCCUGCUAGGAGCAAGGCGCCGUAUCACAUGUCGAGAGACCAUGCCCUCUCUGAGGUGAGCUCCAAUCCGCGACGGGGUAGCGGCAGCAACGAUAUUGCUGAUGAGAGGCUUUCUUCUCUGGCCGCACAACCCUGGCCGCGGAACCGCAAUAGCUCGAUCCAGCCGGAAUCCGAUUUUUACUCUAAGCCUUACGGGGAGCUCAAGCCCGCAACGCCGCCUGUCAUGGUUGGUAGUAACCGACAAGUAUCAUCCGGCAACGACUACGACAACAAGCCGUACUCUGCGGCCUAUGGGCGUCGCAAUGUAAGUGGCAAGGUUGCGGAGGAGGGCCUUGCAGGGUCGAUGAAUGGAUAUUCGCGCCACAGCAUGUUAAAAGAAUGA